AAAGUCCACAGUGGUACAACGAAACACAAGCUGCAAUCAAUCGCUUUGCCGGUUAGUUCCACUUGACCAUCCUGGGAGAAUGGAGGGCGAUUCAGUGUAGUCUCGAAAACUGAUACGCGAGCAUUGCAAUAUUUUGUAAUACGGCACAUACAUUCAACAAUAUCGAUCUGUUUAAUUUGUUUGAAGUGUAAUACGAUAAAUCAAAAGGCCUACAGUAAUUGUUCUUGCAAUUAGAUACAGAGUGACAGUCCGUGGCUGUGUAAACAUAUAGCAAAAAUGAUGCAAUUAGUGCUAAAUGCCAUUCGCGGGAAGAGGCAGUAUUUGGCCGCAUUAGUGGAUUUUUCAAAUUUUGCGGAGUUAUCAAAUUCCAAUUUGUCAACUCGAGUUUAGAAAAAAUUUGAAUAGAUAGAAUAAUAGCACCAUUACAAAAACUGUAAGCAAAUUUAGCAAUUGCCUGCAUGGGUGCCAGCAUGGCAUGGACGUCACCGGUUGAACCGAAACUGAAAAUCGUGAGCGAAUCUCCUCUUCUUAACGUGCCGACAUCGACCGAACUGUCCUGGAUAGGCUCCAUUCUGACACUCGGAUCCCUCGCAGGUCCAGCAUUCGCCGGAAUUGUAGCAUACCGCUUUGGUCGAAAGAUCGCAAUGUUAGCUAGCGCUGCCUUUUUCAUAACGGCCUAUAUCCUAUUUCUCACGGCAACAACUGUAGUGCAAAUUCUGGUAGGUAGAUUUGUGCAAGGCUGCGGAAUUGGAUUCGCUAUCACUAUUACGCCAUUGUAUGUUGCUGAGAUUGCGACAGCAAAUCGUCGUGGAGCAUUAGGGUCGUUGGUUCAAACCUUCAUGACUCUCGGAAUUCUGUUCGAUUACGCGAUUGGACCCUACGUUAGUUAUACCGCUUUCCAGUGGAUUCAAAUGAUUCUUCCGAUUGCUUUCAUCAUCGGGUUUAUACAAAUGCCGGAGACUCCACAUUAUUAUGUAUCAAAAGGAAAUUAUCCAGCUGCAGCUCAGUCUUUAGCAUACAUUAGAGGGGAACCAAUCUCAGAACUGCAGUACGAAUUCAACUUGAUUCAGCACUCCGUGGAGGAAUCUAUGCGCAAUCGUGGAGCGCUGCGUGAUCUAUAUAGCAAUCAUGCAAACUUGCAAGCACUGACCAUUUGCACAGGGAUUGUCGUUUUCCAACAGCUCUCUGGAAUCAACCCAGUACAAUUCUUUGCACAGACGAUCUUCGACAAAACCGGAACGGGUCUGCCAGCAGAUUUAUCUGCUAUUCUACUUGGAAUAUUUCAGGUAGUCGCCAGCGUUAUAACAGCACUCAUCGUGGAUAAAGUAGGUCGGAGACCGACUCUUUUAGUGUCGGCGAUCGGUAUGUGCUGUGCAUUAUCCACCCUUGGUGCAUAUUUUUACCUGGACGAUAUAGGGUCGAAAUCAAUUGACAGUAUAUCUUUUCUACCGGUUCUGUCACUGGUGGUCUUCGUCUUCAUGUUCUGUACCGGGUUUGGACCCAUAACAUGGGUAUUAUUGGGUGAGAUGUUCGCUCCAAACAUCAAGUCAAUGGCUUCAUCGAUUGUGUCAUCGAUAUGCUGGCUCACGUCCUUCUUCAUUUUGUUCUACUUCACCGCUCUCGAUGAAGCCGUUGGAUCACACUGGUUGUUUUGGAUUUUCGCUAUCUGCUGUGCGGCAGCUUUCGGAUUUACCUACUUAUGUGUAGUAGAAACCAAGGGAUUAAGCUUGCCGGAAAUUCAAGCUAGACUAAAUGAAACUACGCCCGUUAUUAAAGGUUGAACGCGAUUCGUUAGCGUUUACUACAAUA